UCACGAGUUAGGAUGAAUUUUCAGGAAAAUUCUAAAGGCAGCUGGUGUAAAAGAGUGCGGUUAGUCACGGUAGAUGUUGGCGUAGCGAAGUGCGGGUAAUGUGUUACUGGUUUUAUUUAAAAGUUUUCUGAUCUUUUUUUCAUAUUAAUUUUAAUUUAUUGUAAUAAAGAUGCCUAGUGCGUGCUGUGUUCCUAAUUGUAAAAGUAAUUACACGAAAAAUAGCCCCAAUAUUUCAGUAUUUUCGUUUCCAAGAGAUGAAAACACUAGAAGAGCAUGGAUCUCUGCAAUAAAGCGGGACAAUUUCGUGCCAACUAAAUAUAGUAAGGUCUGUGCUAAACAUUUUCCAGAAAAUCAGUUUUUAACUGUUAGAGAAGCGUUUAAUACCAGUACAGGAGAACUUAUUCAAGUACCAAUGGAGUAUAAAAGGCUUGUACCUGGUGCUGUUAAUUGA